GCGGCCGCCGCGCUGCGCCUGGCGCUGGACCAGCUGUCCGCGCUCGGGCUGGGGGGCGCGCGCCCCGGAGAUGAGGAGGGGACGGCGACGCGCGGCGCGGACGGGGCGGCGGAGCGCGGGGACGAGGGGCCCGCGCCCCCCGACGAGCUCGAGGCGGCCGCGGCGCCCCCGGGGACGGGUGCGCCCUCGAUGGGCGUGGGACCCUCGAUGCCCGCCGCGCCGUCCAUGGCCGCGGCCGCCUCCGGGACUUGUGCGCCCUCGAUGGCCCUCGCCCCCUCCGUGACUAGUGCCCCCUCGAUGGCCGUGGGACCCUCGGUGACCGUGGCACCCUCAGUGACUGUGGGACAUUCGGUGACCCUGGCACCCGCGAUGGCCGUGGCUUCCUCGGUGGCCCCUGGCGGGCUGCCCCUUCUGGACCCCGACGUGAGCCCCCGGCCGUCGCCCCCAGACGUGUUCGCCAGCUUCGCGCCACACCCGGCCGCCCUGGGUCCCUCGACGCUGCUGGCCGAGCAGCUGAACGUGAUCGGCAGUCGCAAGAAGAGCGUGAACAUGACCGAGUGUGUGCCGGUGCCCAGCUCGGAGCAUGUCGCGGAGAUCGUGGGUCGCCAGGGGUGCAAGAUCAAGGCCCUGCGUGCCAAGACCAACACCUACAUCAAGACGCCGGUGCGCGGCGAGGAGCCGGUGUUCAUCGUGACGGGGCGCAAGGAGGACGUGGAGAUGGCCAAGCGGGAGAUCCUGUCGGCCGCCGAGCACUUCUCGCUGAUCCGCGCCACGCGCAGUAAGGCGGGCGGGCUGUCGGGGGCCACCCCGGGCCCCCCCAACCUGCCGGGCCAGACCACCAUCCAGGUGCGCGUGCCCUACCGCGUGGUGGGGCUGGUGGUGGGGCCGAAGGGCGCGACCAUCAAACGGAUCCAGCAAAGGACGCACACAUACAUCGUGACCCCCGGGCGCGACAAGGAGCCGGUGUUCGCCGUGACCGGCAUGCCGGAGAACGUGGACCGGGCGCGGGAGGAGAUCGAGGCCCACAUCACGCUGCGCACCGGGGCCUUCACCGACGCGGGCCCGGACAGCGACUUCCACGCCAACGGCACCGACGUGUGUCUGGACCUGCUGGGCGCCGCGGCCAGCCUCUGGGCCAAGGCGCCCCACCCGGGACGGAGGCCCCCCGCGGCCACCAGCAGCCUGCGCGGGGACGGCGCCCUGGGCGCCACCAGCACGCCCGAGCCCUUCUACGUGGGCGGCCGCGGGGGGCCGCCGCUGCCGGACCCGAGUCCCAGCAGCCCCUACGGGGGCUCGGGCAACGGGGGCUUCACGUUCGGCGGGGACGGGCCCGGCGCCCCCGCGGGCACGGCCACCCCUGAGGACUGCGACUUCGGUUUUGACUUCCUGGCGCUGGACCUGACGGUGCCCGCCACGGCCACCAUCUGGGCGCCCUUCGAGCGCGCCGCGCCCCUGCCGGCCUUCAGUGGCUGCGCCGCCGUCAACGGGGCCCCCGCGCAGGCCGCCCCCGCCCGGCGCAGCAGCGGAGGCGCCGCCACCACCCCGCGCCACUCCCCCACGCUGCCCGAGCCGGGGGCGCUGGGCCUGGAGCUGCCGCUGACUCGGCGCGGCAUCCCGGAUCCGGUGGGGGCCGUGCCCUGGCGACCCCCGCAGAGCUCCCUGCCGCCCUUCUCCGGCAGCACCACCUUCUCCGCGACCCCCUCUCUGCCCAACACCACCCCGGCGUCCUCCACCCUGGACACUGUCGCCUCGGAGGCCAACCACAAGCCAUCCGCCACAGCGGCGAACUCCUCUGCGUCCGCCGCGGCCCUGGCCCGCGAGUGCGUGGUGUGCGCUGAAGGCGAGGCCAUGGCCGCCCUGGUGCCCUGCGGCCACAACCUCUUCUGCAUGGACUGCGCCGUCCGCAUCUGCGGGAAGAGCGAGCCGGAGUGCCCAGCCUGCCGCACGCCUGCUACCCAAGCCAUUCAUAUCUUUUCCUAAGGCCCCGGCGGCCCCGCGGGGAGGCCCCGGGCCUCGGGACGGGAGAGGAGGGCAGGGCCGGACGCGGGGGGUGGGGGGGGCGCGGGCAGCGGGAGGCGCGGGCCCCACGCGUGUCGCAAACAGCUUUAACUCCUGCAGCAGGCGUCGAGGCCAUCAGCUUGCGGCCCAGCGGCAGCGCCUCCGUUCUUGACAAGUGACAGUAUUGAGUGAGCCGGUGACAAUGAGCCGGAGAGUUCUCUGUUUGCACUUUUAUUAAGACACCCCUCCCCGUUCCCGGGGUGAUCUUGAAACAAAAAAUAACACGAUAUUUACAACUCUCACUGGAUUUAACAGUGUGGAUUCUUGUAGAAACUUCCAGAGAAAGGCAGGUGGCAUCCCUCCUCCCCCCAACACACACACUCCCUUUUUUUGGGGCAAAAUAAUACCAUUUUGUACAUCAGCCACGGGGUGGCCGCAGGAGGGGGAGGGGAGGGUAUCCGCGGGGCGUCCAGUCGACAACUUCCUAUUUGUUCUGUUGUGGUUUCUUUGUUUUGUUUUUUUUUUAAAUUAAGAACUCAGUGUUGCAGUUUUUUGUUGUUUUUUAAAAAGGUUUUUAAAGUUUUUUUUAACUGUUAUUUUUACUUCAUACUUCCUGUGUAUAUGUAGGGAAUUUAUAUUAGAUAUAUGUACUUUACGGAAUAAAUUUUAAGAACUAAAAUAUAUUUUAUUUUAAAUAAAGCAACGGACCUUUAAUCUUUGACAGCUAAAUCACUGAUUAUAUAUUUGCUGAACUGAUUUAAGGGUUUAAAAACAUUGUAUCCAGAGUUUUAUUUUUGGACUUGAAAGCCUUCUUAAUAAAGUUGUUUUCCUAU